AUGCCCUGGCUGCCUUUACUGCUACUCGGCCGCCGCCGCCGUCUCCUCUUGGUCCUCUCUCUGAGCCGAGCAGGGGUGGGGGGGGCCGUGGCGGCCGCCAUCGCCGCGGCGGGCGACGUGGUGGCGGUCCUAGCGGUGAACCUCGUCUGGUUUCUGCACCUCCAUGGGCACCACCUCGCCCAGAUCCAGCUUUUGCAUCAACAGCACCCGAUGACCUUGGCCACCUCUUUCAACACCAUGGCUCCACCUCCUCCUAUCGGGCCUGCUUGGAUUGUCGACUCGGGAGCUACUUACCACACUACUCCCGACCCAGGAAUACUCUCCUCCGUUCGCCCUCCUUCUUUUUCCCAUCCUUCAUCCAUCAUGGUCGCUAAUGGCUCGUGUCUUCCUAUCACAUCCGUGGGAGCCGCCGGCACUCAUGGCCCAUUUCGUCUUCCCGACAUUCUUGUUGCACCUUCUAUGGUUCACAACCUUCUUUCUAUUCGCAAGUUUACUGCUGACAACUCCGGCUCUAUCGAGUUUGACUCUUCUGGUGUUACUGUGAACGAUUUGGCUUCUCGGCGUCCCCUCCUUCGAUGCAACUACACGGGGCCACUUUACACUCUUCGCUUUCCGACUACGUCUUCUUCCUCGCCUCCUGCUUUGUCAGCUGCUUUCACCACCACCUCGUCCUCCACUAUUUGGCACCAUUGUCUCAGCCAUCCUGGUCGUGAUGCCUUGACGCAGCUGAGUCGUAGUUUCGACAUUCAGUGCCCUCGAGCUCACGAGGAGCACUUGUGUCAUGCGUGCCAGCUGGGCCAUCAUUCUGAUGCUUUUCCCACGCUCCUCCACUUCUUCACUUGGGUGUCCACUCAGUUCGGCCUCACCAUCAAGGCCGUCCAGUGCGACAAUGGUCGAGAGUUCGAUAACUCUGCCUCUCGUGCCUUCUUUCUCUCUCACGGUGUCCAGCUGCGCAUGUCUUGCCUGUACUCCUCCUCUCAGAACGGCAAGGCUGAGCGCAUGAUUCGCACCACCACCGAGACCAUGUGCACCCUCCUUCUUCAGGCGUCGCUCCCUGCGCGCUUCUGGCCCGAGAGCCUCCACACCUCCACCUACCUCCUUAACCGCCUUCCUUCCGUUGCCUGCCCAGCUCCCACGCCUCACCAUGCUCUGUUCGGCACCCCUCCUCAGUACGACCACCUUCGCAUCUUCGGGUGUGCGUGCUACCCUAACACCACAGCCACUGCUCCCCACAAGCUGGCACCCCGUUCGACUCUCUGUGUCUUCCUCAGAUACUCCCCGAACCACAAGGGGUACCGGUGCUAUGAUCUCACCUCUCGUCGGGUCCUCAUCUCUCGCCAUGUGGUGUUUGAUGAGUCUGUCUUCCCUUUCUCCACCACCACCACUCCGACUUCCGCCCCUGACCUCGACUUCUUCUCGUCGUGUCCCGCUGACCCGGUGGCCCAGCCACCUUUACUGUUUCCUGUAGGUCUUGCUCGACCAAGGUCUUCGCCGGCAUCGUGUCCCGGCUCGCCGCCCACCGGCGCGGCCCCCGACUCGGUGCCUUGCACGGGUCCGGUGGCCACGCCCCUCCGGGUGGUUCCUGCCACUAUGCCUAUCGCGGCCCUGGGGACGCCGGUGUUCGUUCCUCCGGCACCCUACGCCCAACCGGUGCCCGUUGCACCCCCGGCGCGCUUCGCCCAGCCGGUGCACGUCUACCAGCGCCGGGCGCGGGAGAUCCCUCCUCCGCCACCGGGGGUGGCCUCUCAUUCGCCGGCGAUGCCCCUGCCUCGGUCGCCAUCGGUGGUGUCUCCUCCACCGUCGCCACCGCCACCACCGGUGGUCUCCUCUCCACCGGCCACGCCUACUCCGCCACCGCAGGCCUCGACUACACGUGUUGUGUCGCCGGUGUACCACCCGACGCUUCUUCACCGCGACCCGCGUCAUGUCCACCCGAUGGUGACGCGGCACGCGGCUGGUACCCUGCAGUCCCGGGCUCUUGCAGCGAUGCCCGGCGACUCGCAGGUCUCUCCUGUACCCUCUUCUGUCCGCGUCGCCCUGUUGAACCCUCACUGGCGCCGCGCGAUAGAAGAGGAGUACGCGGUGCUUCUCGCCAACCAGACUUGGGAUCUGGUGCCGCGUCCAUCUGGCGCCAACAUUGUCACCGGCAAGUGGUUCUGGACUCACAAGCGGCGGGCUGAUGGCAACCUUGAGCGGUACAUGGCUAGUUGGGUUCUCCGGGGUUUCACUCAGCGCCCCGGGGUUGACUACGAUGAGACCUUCAGUCCUGUGGUGAAGCCGGCGACCGUCCGCGCAGUGCUCUCUCUGGCCCUUGCUCGCUCUUGGCCGGUGCACCAGCUGGAUGUGAAGAAUGCUGUUCUGCACGGGCAUCUUACUGAGACGGUCUACUGCACUUCCAGUCCUUCACUAUUGCGCCGCAUCAUCAGCGCUCCUUAG